AUGUUUCUGCUUUCUUCUCUCCGAUCAACUUUGGCUUGGAAGCUCCUUAUUGGCUUUGCUUUGCUCGUAUCAUUGUAUUUCUUCGUUCUAGCAUCUAAGUUGUUCGAAGUGCCUAGCAUGUCGAUCACCCAUAUUGUCCUCUUCCAAUUCAAAUCAGACGUCGCUGCAGAUGUCGUUUAUGGGGCCUGCCAGCGUAUGCUUGCCCUCAGAGACAAUUGUCUCCACCCGUCAUCACAGAAGCCUUAUAUAAAAGCGUCGUUGGGCGGGAAGGAUAACUCUCCCGAAGGGAUACAGAAUGGCAUUACACACGCCUUCGUCGUCGAGUUUGCAAAUGCCGCAGACCGAGACUACUAUGUCAAGCAUGAUCCUGUCCACCAAGAUUUUAUCAAAAGCCUUGACGGUAUCAUUGAGAAAGCGCAGGUUAUUGAUUUCACCGACAGAGCCUUUUGA